AUGUCCAUCACACAGCAGCCGAUACCUCCAGAGGAAGAAGAGCCCCCGUUCUCUGCUGAAUUCCUCUACUAUCUCGAUUUCACACCCGAUGAAGCCCUCAUGACCGAUGAACAAAUUAGACAGAGCUUCAGCGACCUCUCUCGGGCUGUUGCCCCCGAAAAUGCUCGUGACGUCGACGAGUAUCGCGGAUCGACUCCUCUUCCGAAGGAGGAUCUGAUGCACUUCAAGGACCUCCACCAAGCUACGACCAUCAAGGACCUCGCUGCUAUAGUUGCCUCAUCCUACGACGCACGCGACGUCUACGAGUUGCACAAACCGAUCUUCAUAUGGAGAGUUCUCACCAGGUUCCUAGGCCCAAAUGGCAUCAACAAUCUCCUGAUGUGCGUCUAUCUGGAAGCCGAGUGCAGUUUCUUCAGCCCUGCUAAUACCAAUGAGCUUGACUCUGCCAUGCGGAUGUGGAGAGCUGGAAUUUUCGCUUCGCAAGAGGCCUACAUCCCUGAUGAUCCUAUCGUCGAGAGAAUGCUGUCCCUCCUUUUUGACACGGCUGCUAUCGUCAACCGAUUCAUGACUCAAAUGUACUGUGAGAAAUCACUUUGGGGACAAAAUCAUGAGAAUAACCGUGGCGACAUUCGAGCGAAGCGACGCCUCUACCGCCUCUGCUUCCUCGCCUGGAUCGUCUGCCAGGCCUGGGAUCAUCGGCACUCAACCAUUUAUCAUCAUGGCCCAGUAUGGUUCAAUUUGAUAUCUGACGACGACGCAAUCGCUAUCUGUCGGCUCCUCUAUCAACUUGCGCAUUGCCAAACUAUGGCAAAUGAUGACGGGCUGAUUGGGGAGAUGGUCAGGAUCUUUCGUCAGGGGCAAGGCGACGCCCAAGUUUCUGCGUAUGGAUCAUCAAGGCCUGAAGUCACCAUCCUGUACUGGAUGAAACCGCAUAUGGCUUUGAAGGACAUCUUUGCACCCGCCGACAGGUGGUACAAAUCAACGACGGACAGCUAG